AUGAAAUUACAAUUAUUAGUCCUUGCUUCAUUAGCUUCAAUCAUUAAUGCUCAAUCUCAAGAUGUUGCAGCUUUAACAGGUCUUUAUGGAGAUAUCUCUGGUCAUAUUUCUGAAUAUUUAUCCUAUGUUCAAGAUGGUCAUUCAUUACCUGCUGGUUUAUUGAAUUUGUAUCAAGAGGUGCAAACUUAUACUGAUGAUUCUUAUACAACUUUAUUAUCAAAUGUUGAUGUUGGUCAAGUUGAAAGUUUUGCUACAGGAUUACCUUGGUAUUCUUCAAGAUUGGAGACUAUUUUUGCUCAAGCUACAGAGGGAAGUGGAAGUGGCUCUAGUAGUGUUUCACACUCUUCAUUAGAUUCUUCAUUAGUUGGUGGUUCAAGUUUAGUCUCUUCAAUCACUUCAUCAGCUUCAUCAGCUUCUUCAGCUGCUAGUUCAAGUGGUGGUGGUGCUGGAGGUGCCGGUGGUUCAGGUUCAGAAUCAGGCUCUCAAUCAGGCUCAGAAUCAGGCUCAGGCUCAGAAUCAGGUUCUUCACAAAGUGGUUCACAAAGUGGCUCGCAAUCUGGAUCACAAUCAGGUUCUCAAUCAGGUUCAAGCUCUAAUGGUGGAGGUUCAUCAGGUUCAGGUGCUGGUAUGGGUCUUGGAGAACAAUCUUCACAAGUUGUUUACUACUUGCUCCCAUUGAUGAUGGUGUUAGCAGCUCCAGCUUUAUUAUGA